ACAAACUAGCCAGUGAGAAAUCGGAGAUGCAGCGUCACUACGUCAUGUACUAUGAGAUGUCCUACGGGCUGAACAUUGAAAUGCACAAGCAGGCAGAGAUUGUCAAGAGACUGAGUGCCAUCUGCACCCAAAUUGUACCCUUUCUGACCCAGGAGCACCAGCAGCAGGUCCUGCAGGCGGUGGAACGGGCCAAGCAGGUGACCGUGGGGGAGCUGAACAGCAUCGUCGGGCAGCAGCAGCUUCAGCACCUCUCCCACCACGCAUCCCCCAUCCCGCUGACACCCCACCCCUCCAGCAUGCAGCCUUCUAGCCUCCCGGGCCUCCUGGCCCUCUCCGGGGCACUGAUGGCGCAGUCCCAGCUGGCUGCCAGGGAGGACAGAGUAGCCCAGGAUGGGGAGAACAGAGAGCACUCCCCGAGCCGGAGCGUCUCUGCUUCCCCCGCCAAGAGCCUGCAGGACGAGGAGCAGACGGGGGGCACGAGCCUGAAGAGAAAGCAGGAGGAGAAGGACCUGCCUGGGCAGUAUGAUAGCGACGGGGACAAGAGCGACUACAACCUGGUGGUGGACGAGGACCCCUCCUCAGAGCCCGGCAGCCCCAGCCAUGCACCCAGCAGCCAGCUCCCGCCAACCCACCGGGAGGUGCCUGAGAGCCCUUCAUCCCUCGCCUCCAGCCGGAGCACGACGCCCCUCAAGCCGAAGGACCAGAGCCUGAGCGAUGCCCCGGCCGGCGUGCCCGCCGCCAAGCCCUGCACCUCCCCACCACCCUGCGACUCCCUCACGCCCGGGCCCGGGCCCAGCUCAGCCGCCCCAUCCCAGCAGCCCCCUGGCAAGGCGCCCGCCACCGACACCAUCACUCUCCGCAGUCCGCCGAGUGUGUCCAGCCCCUACACGUCCUCCUUCGGGAUGGUGCCUCACGCCUCCCUCAAUGGGGAGCUCCCGGCCCCCAGCAUCUACAUGGGCAUCCACCUCUCGCCACAGGUCAGCAGCGCCGUGGUGUGCAGCCGGGCCCCGAUGGUGGCUUUUGAGUCGCACCCUCACCUGAGGACUUGCACCAUCUCCUCCUCACUCUCUGCCGUCCCUGGGGUGAAGCCCGCCUACUCCUUCCAUGUCAGCGCUGACGGGCAGAUGCAGCCGGUGCCGUUCCCCCCGGAUGCCCUCAUCGGCUCCGGCAUCCCCCGCCACGCUCGGCAGCUCCACACCCUGACCCAUGGCGAGGUGGUCUGCGCUGUCACCAUCAGCAACUCCACGCGACACGUCUACACAGGGGGCAAGGGCUGCGUGAAGGUGUGGGACGUGGGGCAGCCAGGCACCAAGUCGGCCGUGGCUCAGCUGGACUGCUUGAACCGCGACAACUACAUCCGCUCCUGCAAGCUGCUGCCUGACGGCCGCAGCCUGAUCGUGGGGGGGGAGGCCAGCACCCUCUCCAUCUGGGACCUGGCGGCCCCCACGCCCCGCAUCAAGGCUGAGCUCACCUCCUCUGCCCCCGCCUGCUACGCCCUGGCCAUCAGCCCUGACGCCAAAGUCUGCUUCUCCUGCUGCAGCGACGGCAACAUCGUGGUGUGGGACCUGCAGAACCAGACCCUGGUGAGGCAGUUUCAAGGCCACACAGACGGUGCCAGCUGCAUCGACAUCUCUAACUAUGGCACCAAGCUGUGGACAGGGGGACUGGACAACACGGUGCGGUGCUGGGACCUGCGGGAAGGGCGUCAGCUGCAGCAGCACGACUUCAGCUCCCAGAUCUUCUCCCUGGGGUACUGCCCGACGGGAGAGUGGCUGGCAGUGGGCAUGGAGAGCAGCAACGUGGAGAUCCUGCACGUCACCAAACCGGACAAGUACCAGCUGCACCUCCACGAGAGCUGCGUCCUCUCCCUCAAAUUCGCCUCCUGCGGGAAGUGGUUCGUGAGCACGGGGAAGGACAACUUGCUGAAUGCCUGGCGGACGCCCUACGGCGCCAGCAUCUUCCAGUCUAAAGAGUCCUCGUCAGUGCUGAGCUGUGAUAUCUCCAUCAACGACAAAUUCAUCGUUACAGGCUCUGGCGACAAGAAGGCCACAGUCUACGAGGUGGCUUACUGAGGUCCUGGCCACCACCAUCCCUUGCCAUCCGGGCAGGGGCUGGGGCUG